AUUUCAUGCGGAACAAGUAGAAUACGUUCUUCUAGCUAUCACUAAAGAUCAAAUAGGAAUUCACCAAGAUAGAGUCAAAGAUUGUAUGUACAUCAAAAAGCUCGCAGAGAAGAGGCUGGAUGAGCUUAAUAAUACUUGGAGAGAGAUCAAUACCGAAGACGUCGAUUUUCCUUUUACUGAUGAAGAUGAAGAAAAGGUUAAAAAGCGUGGGAAUUAUGUUAUUGAUCUUUCAACUUUGACUGCAUAUCAUGAUGAUAUCGAAAUGAUUGAACAACUAAGAGCCAAAAUGAUAGAUGAGAUUAAAUUUUUGAUCGAAGCUAUCGAUAGAGAAAAUAAGUUGAAAAUG